AUGCCCAAUCAGCCGCGGCGCAUUAUUCUAGAAAAGUCUAAGACAGUGCGCCGCCGGUAUCAGCGCAGCAACAAACGAUUCCAAUUUACAGCAUCACAGAUCCGACGCAUUGAACGUGAAGAGGAACGUGAACUACGAGCUAAGGAGCUUAGAGAAAAGGAGAAGAAACGCCAAGCCAAUAAGAAGAAGAGAGCUGAAAAGGAAGCCAAAGAACGUGAAGAACGAAGACGGCUUGGCCUCCCUGAUCCUCACGCCCUCCCUGUUCCUUCCAGUCAGCCAUUACUUUUCAAAUUUCUCAAGAAACUAGAAGCCAAACCCAACACAGACAGCAAGACUUGUGAGGAAACACGCUUAGAUUGCCACAGCCCUCAGAGUAUCACAACAAGUAUUGCGACGGAGAAUGAUGAGAGCCUGCACUCUGGUCUAGAUGGCACUGCCUUUGAUAACCAGAUAGCUGCUGGGGUGUCAGAGCCAGAUAACUAUACAGCAAGCAAUGAAGAAGCCAAACCCAAUACAGACAGCAAGACUUGGGAGGAUACAGACUUAGAUUGCCACAGCCUAGGGAGUAUCACAACAAGUAUUGUGACAAGUAUUGCGACGGAGAUUGAUGAGAGCCUGCUCUUAGGUCUAGAUGGCACUGCCUUUGAUGACCAGAUAGCUGCCGGGGUAUCAGAGCCAGGUAAUCAUACAGCAAGCAAUGAUGGCAAGGACAAGGCGGGUUGGACACAGGGUGAUGAUGAUGAGUUCUCUGAAUGCUCGAUUUUCCAUGAUGAAGAUAUCAUCAAAGAAGUGGAAAUCCUAGCUACUGCACAAGAUAGCCUGGCAGGCUCAGAGAACUAG